UGUCAUUUUACACUGAAGCCGGAAGUUGUGGGUCUUCCGCAGAUAGCUGACUUCACCAUAAACUAACUGGCUGAGUAACGGGAACCCUAAGCGAGUCGACUACAGGAGCCGUCCGCCGCGGUGUGCCAGUGGCUCCAGCUUAUCCCUCCGCGGCGGUGACGGACACGGUAUCGGCCGCUGGGCUCUGUGGAAGGGUACUUGUCUGGCUCUAUUUGAUGGGGCUCCGGCUCAGAAAUGAUCGCUUCACUUUCCAGAGGAAGUGCGCUGGAUGAGGUGCUGCACGGGAGCUCCAGCGAGCAACAACUGGUGGCGUAUGUGUCCUGGGUGAACGCUCAGCUGAGGAAGAGACCGGGCCUGAAACCCAUCAAGGAUCUGAGGCGGGAUCUGCAGGAUGGAGAGGUUCUGGUCCACCUUAUAGAGAUAGUUGCUGGUGUGGUGCUGGAUGGCGUCUUUGUUCCGCCCCAAAGCAGAGAGGAAAGCAGGAAGAAUGUUGAGGAAGUCCUGCAUUUCAUUUCCUCCAGACACAUACACAUGCCUCACAUAUCUGCUAAAGAUGUCCUUGAAGGGAACCUGAAGUCUUUAAUGAGGAUCGUUCUGGCACUAGCUGCCCACUUUAAACCCUCUGCCAAUCAAAGGACCGCUUCAGGAAGUGGGAGGAGCUUGACACAAGCCGGCUCUGGCCACAACCCUCAUUCCGCCGUCGCAUUGGCUCAAGGUGCCGCCGCUGCACUGGUAUCAGCCCGGCUUGACGCAUCACUUCCUGUACGGACCACACGAAUUCAUGGUGGCCUUGGGUCAGCUAAGGACCCCAGUGUGUGUGUCCGAGCCCUGGUUGAACAGUAUGAGCGAGGAGCCUCCGAUGAGCAGGACCCCCUUCAGUCCAGCAGCCUCAGCUCUCCUAGUCCUCUGACCUCACUGAAGCCGUGCAGCACGUCCAGCAGCCAGCAGCCUGAGUGCAGCGGCGCCGAGUCGUCUCUGUCUGUGCCGGAGUCAGAGUGGGAGAAAUCCCUUAGCGAAUCGCUGGAGAAGGAGGUGCAGGAGGCCCGGAGCAUGGUGUCUUCUCUGCAGGCUCUGCUGCUGCGCGGCGCGCUGCCUGAGGAAGAGCAUAAUGUGGCUCUGGACCCAGGCAACCCCCAACAACAGCUGGUUGUUGUUCGCAGCCAUUUGGAUCAGAGCAUGGAGGAGGUCCGAGAGCUGAAGAGGGAGCUGUUGCGCUGUAAGCAGGAGGUGCGAAACCUGCAGGCAGUCAAGGACGCCCAGCAGCAGAGGCUGUGCACUCAGGAGGCAUCGAUCCUGCAGAUGAAGCAGGAGCUCCUCAGAGCCAGUAUGCUGAAGGAGGAACUCGGCAACCAAAACGCAGGGCUGCAGUGGAAGCUGGAGGAAAGCAACAGGCUGUGGAGCGAGUGCAAGAAGGACAUCGGACAGAAGGACAAACUGCUUCAGCAGCUCAAGCAGAAGCUGGAAGAAAGCAGAAAACUGCAGACAGAGUUGCAGAAACAGUUGGAGCAUAAAGGCGGCGUUCUACAGGAGCUGAUGUCUGGAAACCUCCAGCAGAUCCCCAUCAACCCGGAAAACAAUGGAUAUUCUCACUGUGGAAGCUCCGCUCAUGUGUCAGGCGCAGAGGAGGUCCAACUGAUGCAAGAUGCUCUGAGGAGUCUGAGGAACAAGUUUUUGGACCACGACCCUCAGCAGCACACCCUGGACACUCUGGAACAGGGCAUUGUGUCGCUCAUGGACCGACUGCACGCUCUGCACACGCACAGGGAAAGAGGGAAAUCUCCACGACGCAAAGAUCAGCACACACACUUGGACUCAUGGCCUUCCACGAAAACUUUCAAGUCCCACAACGGCUCGACGUCCUCCACAAAAAUCCUUUAUUUUACUGGGAAGUCCAUGACUCCUUCAAUGAUCAACAUACCCAAGAGAUUGGGCGAGGUGACUCUCAGGGAUGUUAAGGCAGCUGUGGAUCGAGAAGGAAACUACCGGUAUCACUUUAAAGCUCUGGACCCAGAGUUUGGCACAGUAAAAGAGGAGGUCUUCAACGAUGCAGCACUUGUUCCAGGGUGGGAGGGGAAAAUUGUGGCGUGGCUGGAGGAGGAGCGAGGGGAGGACAGGCCUUUAUAGUUUCAGGGAAAAGGACAAACUCCCAUGAUUCCUGAGCCAAAGCACAUCGGAGCGACCCCAAAAUGGGCCUGUGGGCUGCAGAUAGUCGCUGUGCUUUUCUACACAAGUGCCUUCAUGACCGGAGCUCUGCCUGUCAAUCAAAACCCCAGCAGUGUUCUGAGUUUAAUGAAUGUUGAACAUUGUUUGUAGACAUCAGUCUCGCAUCCACGAUUCUUUUAGGAAAAAGCAGGUCAUUUUUAUUUUAGUUUUAAAAUAAAGUGUUUUUUAUUAUUCCAGAACAAAAGAAAACAGUGUUUUUUUUAAACAAUGUCUGUAAUGGAAUGUUCUGUUAGAAAACAAGAAUCAAAUGGUUAACAGUGGUGUUUGUGUCUACACAUCUAUCUGCAGACCAUUAGUUAGUCUGUGAAGGGAAGAGGAUCUUUUAUUUUGAAAUGUUGCACUUUUGUUCUUGUUUUGUUGAACAUAUAUUCAACAAAACUGAUUGGACUUUUUAUGUAAUUUGCUAAAAAAAAAUCUUUUUUAUGUUGGAGGUUUCUGUUUCAGAGCAGUUUAAAGUAUGUAUGUUUGCGUGCGUGUAUAAUAAAAAACAUAUGUGGAUGGCUGACACGCUGGAUUUCUUCUGCUCUGCUCAAGUGUCGCCGCUGCAGACCAGUACGUUUUUCAGCAACCAGCUGGCAGCAGUGCCUUUUGCAGGUUUCUGGUUUGUAUUUUUAUUUAAAAACUAUCCCUACCUUCUGUUUACGAAAAAAGAUUUGUUAGAUAUUUUCAAAUAAAUGAGUCCUUUUUGAAAA